AUGACAUCAGAAGCCGUUGAGUUGAACCUUGCGGCGAAAGGGAAACCGGCCGGAGGCGGAGGCUUCGGCUGCCAAUCGCUGCGGCCCAACUUUGGCACUUUCGCCCUCGACGGAUCGUCCCUCCGAUCCUCUUUAUUUGGCACUUUUCUCGCUUUACUUGAAGCCUUCCUUCGUGCUCUUCGAAUACAUUUUUCUAAUCGGUUCCGGGAGGGUUUAAAAUGAAAGACGUGUUUUUAGGAUCCUUAUUGGUUUUCAAUUUUCUUUAUCUAUCGGUUCGGUUUCCUUUUUCCACGUUACCGAUAAGUUCAAAAAAAAAUUGUGUUUCUUUUUGUUGUUUUUUUUUUCAAUGGAGUUGAAACAAGUGUACUUUUUUUGUCAUUUUUCCGCUCAUUCUUUUUUUCUAUUGAUCGCUUCGAAGCGUAACGGCUACGAAGCGGUCCUUUGCGUCCGACUGAAAGCGAUUUGCGCCUGAAGAUAGCGGAAAGCAUUAGCUUCAAACUUCCUAGUCACAUUAUUUCAACUAAAAAGCUUUAACUUAUCCCACGGCGUUUCAACUUUAUAAAGUUAUGUUCUUAUAUAAGACUGUUCUUGGAAGCUCAAUACUCUUUUGAAUUUUUUGAAAGGAUUUUUCAAGUUAACUAUCGCAAACCCUAAAAAAUUGACUUUUUCCUCAAUAUUUUUUCCUUACCCACUAUCGAUUUUAAGUGUUCCAACCUUGUUCCCUACCCGGAAAAGAAAGUUUGCUCCGAGUUUGAAGGGAAAGUUGAAGCCGUCUCGGCACUUGUCCCGCAACCGGUCGUCUAUUACACAACCGACGGACGAUGCCAUCCCCAACAGGAAGUGUCUACAGCCUUCCUCGUUUUACCUCACCCAUCAUUUACUCUUUCUUUCCGUAGUAUUCCUUUCUUCCUCACAGAACUCCGUGACAACCAGUUGAGGGAAAGAAGAACCUCCUGGAGGAAUGGCUAA